AACCUAGAAAUCAAAUUCGCGGAAUAUCUCAAAUCAAAACCCUAAACCCCCAAAUCUCUGAUAAAAAUGGCAAUCGCGAGAACCGGCGUCUACGUCGACGAUUAUCUGGAGUACGCCAGCACACUACCUGCUGAGCUUCAAAGACUCCUCAAUACAAUCCGAGAACUUGAUGAAAGGUCCCAAUCUAUGAUUAAUCAGACGAGGCAACAGACCAAGUAUUGUUUAGGAUUGGUGGCGAAAAGAGGGAAUGGAAAUAGUUAUAUGAAUAAUAAUCAUGAUGAUGAAGAUGUCAUUGAGAAAAUCAAGAAAGAUAUAGAGGCAAGUCAAGAAAAUGCCUUGAGUCUGUGUACCGAGAAGGUUUUGUUGGCACGGCAAGCUUACGAUUUGAUAGAUAGCCAUGUAAAACGUCUUGAUGAGGAUUUGACCUACUUUGCUGAAGAUCUAAAGCUAGAAGGAAAAAUUUCACCGGAUGAGCCUGCAAUUCUUCCUCCAUUGCCUAUUGUUCCUAAGGUUGAGAAACGCAAGCCCAUUUAAUUUACACCCCCAUCGAAGAGGCUGGAUUAUAGGGAUAGAGAUUGGGACCGAGAGCGUGAUAGGGAUUUCAAGCUCAUGCCUCCUCCUGGAAGCCAUAAGAAAGACUUUGCUACCCCUCUUGAGGUUGAUCAACCCAUUGAUCCAAAUGAACCUACUUAUUGUGUCUGCCAUCAGGUGUCAUUUGGAGAUAUGAUUGCCUGUGACAAUGAAAAUUGCCAAGGAGGUGAAUGGUUCCAUUAUGCAUGUGUGGGCCUGACACCGGAGACAAGAUUCAAGGGCAAAUGGUAUUGUCCAACCUGUAGACUGCUUCCACAAUGCCAACAAUGAUGCAUAUACAUAUGCAUUUUGUAUUAUUUGAGAUGUUAAAUUAAACUGUCCACUAUGAUGUUUUUGGCACUCUUUUCAGAAUUUAGGCAGCAAUUACAACUGUAAUUCACCAGAGAUAUGCCCUAGAU